CAACUGCGCUAAGAGCCGCCGUUUCUGCUGCGAGAAGUGAAUUAUUUCGCGAUGAGCAAAAAGCAAAAGAAGGCUAUGGAAGCCAGCCAGCCCGAAAGAAGAACAUUGUCGGAGGAAACAAUUGA